AUGUCCCAGUCUCAAACGCCCGGACUGGACACACUCGCAGAAGGCUCCCAGUAUGCGCUCGAGCAGCUGCAGCUGGCUCGUCAAGCUGGGGCGUCGUCCAAUCCUCCGAUCGAUCCUGACAGCAAACCCCUCAUCGAUGCCGAGCCCUUACAAUCACAAGUUCAUCACCUAUAUACCGAACAAAAUGGCUCAUCAGAUGGUUUAAAGGGCCCUAAACAGCAACGAGACCCCCAAGCCGAAGCGCGCUCGGCCAUUCGGAAGGACUCUUCGUCCACUCCAGCAACCUUGCCCUACAUAUUUAUCUUCCUGUGUCGCUUAUAUUCUCUAGAAUUUGGACUUAGCUGCGAAUAUGCCCGGCAGCGCAAGAAACGCGGGAAGGCCUCCAAAAAGGAUCUUGCGGGAGUAACCGCUACCAGUUCCGGCAGCGACAGAGGCGUCAACGACAGUGCAUCUGGACAAAUUGAAUCGCCAAAUGGACAAAAUACGCAAGAAGUUGGUUCCUAUGAUUCGGCCUUCGAUGCUGCCCGGACACUGUCCGAUUCAGCCCAACCACAUUUACGUAACCCAGGAGUCGGCAGAAUGCAAAAUCAACAUCCAGAGCCCGUUCAUUCGCAGCAGGCCGUUGGUUCCAGCAUGGAUGGAAUGACUAUGAACUAUGGGAGCGUUCCUGACACCAACCGGCCCCCGAUGUCUGUUCCCGAUCUCCGCUCCAUGAAUAUAAUGCAGCAUUCGAAUGGCCAUCCUCGAUCUCCAUCUGCAAUGCUACAAUCUCAAGGAUUUGGGUCGGGGUAUAACGAUAACGCAUACCCUUUGAUGAACUCGCAGGAAGCAAACUCGGCUUCAAUGAACCAAUUCCGCUUGGGCGGCUCUGGAGAAAACCCAUCGGCAUCGUUCCUGGGAUUCACCCCUCCAGCCCAGUCGCCCAGCUGGCUCCCUCUUCCGUCUCCCUCUCCAGCGAAUUUCCCAUCUUUCAGCAUGGCUCCUUUCUCUAGCUCUUUACGAUACCCCGUCCUGCAACCGGUUCUUCCCCAUAUUGCGUCUAUAAUUCCCCAAUCCCUUGCUUGCGAUCUCUUGGAUGUCUACUUCACCAGCUCCUCAUCCUCGCAUAUAUCUCCCUUGUCACCAUAUGUUGUUGGAUUCGUCUUCCGCAAACAAUCAUUUCUCCAUCCAACGAAACCAAGACAAUGCAGUCCUGGUCUUUUGGCUAGCAUGCUCUGGGUAGCGGCACAGACGAGUGAGGCUGCAUUCUUAACGUCGCCUCCGUCUGCACGAGGGCGGGUAUGCCAAAAGCUACUUGAGCUCACGAUUGGGUUGCUUCGACCACUCAUACACGGCCCUGCCUCUGGAGAAGCGUCACCAAAUUACCCCGCAAACAUGGUCAUCAACGGCGUGGCCCUUGGAGGCUUUGGUGUCUCGAUGGAUCAGCUAGGCGCACAGAGUAGCGCAACUGGGGCCGUCGAUGACGUUGCGACAUACGUCCAUUUGGCGACUGUUGUCUCGGCAAGUGAAUACAAGGGAGCUAGUAUGCGCUGGUGGACUGCAGCGUGGUCACUCUCGCGAGAGCUCAAACUCGGUCGCGAAUUGCCAUCCAACACGAACCGUCAAGAUGGUGAAUUGGAGGGUGAAUCGGAGAUGGGCUUGAAUGGAAACAAGAGACAAGCGCCAUCACUUCUGAAUUCCAUGGGUUCUGGCCCUGGAAACUCGGCGGUGAAUUUGACAGAAGAGGAGCGAGAGGAGCGCCGACGCAUUUGGUGGUUACUAUAUGCGAUGGAUCGCCACUUGGCGCUCUGCUACAACCGCCCAUUAACUUUGCUGGAUAAGGAGUGCGAAAGCCUUUUGCAGCCGAUGAAUGAUGAUCUCUGGCAGACAGGCGAUUUUUCAGCUGCUGGCUACCGACGUGCUGGCCCAGCAUUCGAAUGCACCAGCCAUAGCAUGUUCGGCUAUUUCUUGCCGCUUAUGGCCAUCCUCGGAGAAAUCGUGGAUUUGCAACAUUCCCGAAAUCAUCCACGAUUUGGCCUUCAUUUCCGCAACAGCGGAGAAUGGGAGAUCCAAGCUAUGGAGAUCACCCGCCAGCUCGAUGUCUAUGCGCAAAGCCUGAAAGAGUUCGAGGCUCGCUACACUAGUUCCCUGGCACUUGGACCUGGUGACAAUGACACGGCAAUGGAUGGAGCUCACAUCAACCAUGUCAGUCCCUCUGGCCGCUCAAGUAGUACGGUUGGCUCUCACGCGAGCGAAAACAUCGUUCAUACGAAGAUGGUCGUUGCCUAUGGCACCCACAUAAUGCACGUUCUGCACAUCCUACUCGCUGGUAAAUGGGACCCGAUCAACCUACUCGAUGACAACGACCUCUGGAUUUCCUCUGAAUCAUUUAUUUUAGCAAUGGGUCAUGCUGUCAGCGCUGCCGAGGCAGCUGCCGAUAUCCUUGAUUUUGACCCAGACCUGAGUUUCAUGCCCUUCUUCUUUGGGAUCUACCUUUUGCAGGGAAGUUUCUUAUUGCUCCUGACGGCAGACAAGUUGCAAGGGGACGCAAGUCCAAGUGUUGUGAGGGCUUGUGAGACAAUCGUGCGAGCGCACGAGGUGUGUGUCGUGACUCUCAAUACCGAAUACCAGAGAACAUUCCGAAAAGUGAUGCGGUCGGCUCUUGCUCAAGUUCGUGGCCGCGUUCCCGAAGACUUCGGUGAACAACAGCAACGUAGACGCGAGGUGCUCGCUCUUUACCGUUGGAGUGGUGAUGGCAGUGGCCUAGCUCUUUGA